CCGGAAACAUGGCCACACAGCGAAGAAAUGCCGAGUGACAACAAUGCAGUUAUUUAGUUCAGUAAAUGCACUUUAUUGUCAGGUAUUCGUUGAUAAUUGAUAUCCGUCUGCACGAUAAUGAAGCUGCGGGUCCAGCUGCAGUGUAAGAACCUGCAUGAGUACCUGAGGGAGCUGAGCCCGGAGGUCCUGGACAGACUGUACGACCACCCGGCCACAUGCCUGGCUGUGUACAGGGAACUCCCCUCUCUGGCCAAGAACUAUGUGAUGCGCAUGCUGUUCCUGGAUCAGCCCCUCCCACAGGCAGCUCUGGCGUUAUGGGUGAAAAUAGACAGUCAGAAGGAUCACGAUGAGUGUGUGUCGGUGUUGGCAGGACUCCGCCUGUGGCACAGUCAGCAGCUGCAGGGGGGUCUGCAGGGAUAUAUUUUAAAUCCAGUGUUCAAAGACAACCUGAGGAUCGCUCUGCUGGGCGGGGGCAAAGCGUGGGCGGAUGAGGGCAGCUCUCUGGGUCCGGACCGCCACGCGCGGGACAUCCUGAGUCUGGACCGCUACGCCAUGGAGCGCUGGGAGGUCAUCCUGCAGUUCAUGGUGGGCUCCCCCGGGGCCGCCGUCAGCCAGGACAUCGCCCUGCUGCUCGUACAGGCCGGCCUCAUGAAGAGUGAGGCCGGCGAGGCGCCCUACAUCACCUCCGCUGGGUUCCAGUUCCUCCUGCUGGACACCGCCUCUCAGCUGUGGUACUUCACCCUCCAGUACCUGAACACUGCCCAGUCCCGAGGCAUGGAGCUGGUGGAGAUCCUGUCCUUCUUGUUCCAGCUCAGCUUCUCCACUCUGGGCAGAGAUUACUCGGUGGAGGGCAUGAGCGACUCGCUACUGACCUUCCUGCAGCACCUCAGGGAGUUCGGACUGGUGUUCCAGAGGAAGAGGAAGUCGCGGCGGUACUACCCCACCAGACUGGCCAUCACGCUGGCUGCAGGGGUCACCUCCACCUCCUCCACCCUGGCCACGCCUGGGACCGGAGACGCAGGCUUCAUCGUCGUAGAAACCAAUUACCGUCUCUACGCAUACACAGACUCAGAGCUGCAGAUCGCUCUGGUGGCUCUCUUCAGCGAGAUGCUCUAUCGCUUCCCCAACGUCGUGGUUGCCCAGGUAACAAGGGAGUCAGUGCAGCAAGCCAUCGCCAACGGCAUCACAGCACAACAGAUUAUCCACUUCCUACGGACCAGAGCGCACCCUGUCAUGCUCAAACAGACACCGGUGCUGCCCCCCACCAUCACAGAUCAGAUCAGACUGUGGGAGCUGGAGAGAGACCGCCUGACGUUCACAGAGGGAGUGCUCUACAACCAGUUCCUCUCGCAGGUGGACUUCGAGGUGCUGCGGGACAGAGCUCAGGGCAUGGGAUGCCUGGUGUGGCAGGACGUGGCUCACAGGGUGCUGGUGGUGAGUCCACAGGGACACAGCGAGGUGAAGAGGUUCUGGAAAAGACAGAAGUCCAACACGUAGCAGCAGGAAGUGAAACCGCGAGGAUGUCUGGAAUCGCAGUUGUUUAUUUCUGGCACUGUUGGAGGAAAGUGGAGAUGAUGUACUUAUUUUGUAUGUUUCAUAAAAUGUUGACUUCCAUGUAGUGUGGAUUCAAA